AUUAGUACACCCGCGGAAGCUGCCGUGACUAGAAGGGCAGGAGCUUCCACACAACAAUAUUGCUGUGGAUGGGAAUAUCAGUACUGUGGAUAAAUGAUCGAUUAAGCUCGGUUCUUCUGAUGCAUCAACAAUGGUUAUUCGACGAGAAAAGGAACACAUCUGGAUUCAUAUUGUUGUGUUUCUUUGUCUUUGUGACUGGUCUGCUUCGCAGUUAUCCUACUCCGUUUCGGAGGAGGUGAACAAAGGCACCGUAGUGGGGAAUAUCGCUAAGGAUUUAAACCUCAAUGUACAUGAAUUAGAGGCCAGGGAUCUGCGUAUUGUUUCGAGUUACAGUAAGAAAUAUUUUGACGUGAAUUUUCGAACCGGAAACCUUUUUGUUGACGAGAGAAUAGACAGAGAAGAGCUGUGUCCUAAUGUGGUGAAAUGCUCCUUAAAAAUACAAGCUGUUUUAAACAACCCAAUGACUGCACACCGCAUAGAGGUUAAUGUUUUAGACAUAAACGAUAAUUCACCUGCUUUUGUUGAAAGAACAUAUUCUCUAAAUAUUUCCGAAUCAUCCUUAACGGGAGAGCGAUAUUUUCUCCCAGUAGCAGUGGAUGCGGACAUAGGCAGCAACUCAGUGAAGAGCUACAAGCUGAGUCAAAAUGAACAUUUCUCGCUUGAUGUGCAGAGCGGUGGAGAGCACGGUGUGUCUGCUGAGUUAGUGCUACAGAAAGCUUUAGACCGAGAGAAACAGUCGAUAAUUAAACUUAUUCUGACCGCUGUAGAUGGAGGAAAACCUCCUAGAUCAGGCUCAUUGCAAAUAAUUGUGAAUGUAAUAGAUGUCAAUGAUAAUAUACCAACGUUUAGCAAAUCGCUUUAUAAAGUGCGUGUCAGUGAAAAUGCGAAUCCGGGAACACUCGUAAUUAAGUUAAAUGCAACCGAUUCAGACGAGGGCAUGAACAGUAAGAUACUGUAUUCCUUUAUCAGACGGGGUAAUAUUGAUCCAUCAAAUAUUUUUGAUCUAAAUUCAGAAACUGGAGAAAUGACUGUGAAGGGAACAUUAGAUUAUGAAGAGACGCCUGCUUAUGAGGUCAGAGUUCAAGCAAUGGAUCAAGGCGCUUCUCCUCGUAGUGCACAGGCUAAACUAUUGAUAGAGAUAAUUGAUGUGAAUGACAAUUCCCCAGAAAUAUCAGUGACGUCACUGAUGACUCCUGUAAAAGAAGAUGCAGAGCUGGGGACAAUAGUUGCUUUAGUUACAGUGAGUGACAAAGAUGGAGGAAACAAUGGUGCAGCUAACUGUAAAGUAGCUGGAUCUGUUCCAUUUAAACUGAAGUCCAACUACAAAAAUGACUAUUCAUUAGUAGUAGAUGGACCACUAGACAGAGAAAACACUUCUGUUUACAAUGUUACCAUUACAGCAACAGAUGAAGGAAGUCCACCUCUGUCCAGCAGCAGGGUCAUUACUGUUCAUGUUUCUGAUGUCAAUGACAACGCACCUCGUUUCAUGGAGUCUGUCAUUAAUGUUUAUGUGAAAGAAAACAGUCCAACAGGCUCCAUUAUUUAUACGAUAAGUGCUUUUGAUGCUGAUUUGGACAAUAAUGCAAAACUGGCUUACACGUUGUUAGACAGUUCUCCAAAGAAUAUUCUAGUUUCAUCAGUGGUUAACAUCAACUCAGAGACUGGAGAUAUAGUCAGUUUGCAGGCCUUUAACUUCGAGGAGUUAAAAACGUUUCAGUUUAAAGCUCAGGCUACAGACUCUGGUGUUCCUCCGCUGAGCAGCAACGUGACUGUGAACGUUUUUAUCCUGGAUGAGAAUGACAACAGUCCCUCGAUUCUCGCACCCUAUUCUGAGCACGGCUCCGUUAACAGUGAGAGCAUCCCCUAUUCUGCUGAAGCGGGAUACUUUGUAGCAAAGAUCAGGGCUGUAGACGCAGACUCUGGAUACAAUGCGCUGCUUUCUUAUCACCUCUCUGAGCCCAAAGGAAACAACCUCUUCAGGAUCGGAACCAGCACUGGGGAAAUCAGGACUAAGAGGAGAAUGAGUGACAAUGACCUGAAAACUCACCCCUUGGUGGUGUUGGUGUCUGAUAACGGAGAACCCUCCCUGUCAGCUACUGUGUCUAUUGAUGUGGUGGUGGUUGAAAGCACAGCUGACAUCCAGACUCAGUUCAGACAUGUGCCCAUAAAGGAGGACAGCUUCUCUGACUUAAACCUGUAUCUGCUGAUCGCCAUUGUGUCGGUGUCAGUCAUCUUUCUGCUGAGUCUCAUCAGUUUAAUAGCUGUCAAAUGUCACAGGACAGACGGCAGUUUCAGCAGGUACGGCCCUCCAAUGAUCACCACCCACCCUGACGGGAGCUGGUCUUACUCUAAAGCUACUCAGCAGUAUGACGUCUGUUUCAGCUCAGACACGCUCAAGAGUGACGUAGUGGUUUUCCCCGCACCGUUUCCGCCUGUAGAUGGAGAACUGAUCAGUAUUAACGGAGGAGACACUUUUACCAGAACUCAGACUUUACCCAAUAAAGAAAAGCUGACAGUGUGGUACAGCAAAGAAAAGAUCAAUUAA